GUUCUCUGUGAACGAGGACCGCUGAGGGCGGAGUUCUCUCUUGUUCUCUUCCAACAGGAGCCGCUGUGGGCGGGGUCUGUGUCGGAAGCGGAAGCAGCAGACGCAUGUGAUCGUCACCGGGGUCGCAGUGAUGAUGGCGGUGAGGGGCGCAGUGUUCAGAUGGCUAUCUGAAGAGGUUAUUAUAACACAAAAUCUAAAGAACAGAUUAACCCUACAGACCCAGCAGAGGUGUGGCUUUCGAAAGGUUGCAAAGAAGGCGGAGCCAAAUAAAGGUCUGGCAGAAGUAGGGGAGCAGCAUGAAGUUGUGCUCAAGAAGGCCGUGGACCCACUGCCAGACCCGCCAGCUCCACAAAGAUCCAGCAGAUCGUUCGGCAGGCUGGUUAAACCGUUUGUCUUUACAGUAGGGUUUACAGGUUGUUCAUUCGGUGGUGCGGCGAUAUGGCAGUAUGAAAGUUUAAAAUCUCGGGUACAGAGUUAUUUUGACGAGGUCAAAGCGGAUUGGCUGGAAAAGAUACGGCCACAGAAGCAAGGAGACUUACGCAAACAGGUUAACCAGUGGUGGAACAGUUUAAGUGAAGGACAAAAAACCGUCACAGGUAUCAUUGCAGCGAAUGCGUUGGUGUUUUGUUGUUGGAGGAUUCCAUCUCUGCAGCGUUCAAUGCUCAAGUACUUCACAUCAAACCCCGCCUCCAAGACGCUAUGUUGGCCCAUGCUGCUGUCCACAUUCAGUCAUUACUCUCUGUUUCACAUGGCUGCAAACAUGUACGUGUUGUGGAGUUUCUCAUCGAGCAUCAUCAACAUGAUGGGCAAAGAACAGUUCAUGGCUCUUUACCUGUCUGCAGGUGUGAUUUCCACAUUUGUCAGUUAUUUGAGUAAAACAGCGACGGGUCGGUUGGGUCCAUCACUGGGGGCGUCAGGGGCCAUCAUGGCCGUCCUAGCAGCGGUUUGCACCAAAAUGCCGGAAGCCAAACUGGCCAUCAUCUUCCUCCCUAUGUACACCUUCACUGCUGGAAUCGCUCUUAAGGCCAUUGUUGCUUUGGACACAACGGGAUUGAUUCUGGGAUGGCGUUUCUUUGAUCACGCAGCUCAUUUAGGCGGGGCUUUAUUUGGCAUAUGGUAUAUAAAUUAUGGCCAUGAGCUUAUUUGGAAGAACAGAGAGCCAUUGGUGAAGAAAUGGCAUGACUUUAGAACGAGAGGUCCGGGCACAGGUGGCAGCGGCUCGAUUUAAAGCAGUGCAUUAUGGGUAGACGCACAGAAGAGGAAAGACACACACACGCUCACAUAUUGUAUUGUUUUGAUACUCUGCUGAGUGUGUAUGAGAGACGUUGUUUGUCAGAUCAAGAUCCGCUUUCGGUUGUCACACUGAGUAACAGCAGUGUUACUGUGAUGUCACUAUGCUCCGCCCCCUAAGUUUAGAUUUGAAUCCAAGUAUAGACAAACGUAAUGAGGGGCGGAGCUUCAGCAUCGUUUUACUGUGACAACCGAAACGGGCAUCAACACCAUGUACAGAAAUCUUAAUGUUGAAAAUAGUCUGUAACUUUGUCAUUUUGAACAAUAAAUGCUUAUUUAAAAUC